AUGCUUAGAGAAGGUAUUUCAUGCACCGUCGAUUUGUCCCGCAAGAGCUUGGCUGCCAUGAUGGGGAACCAGAACUGCCAUGCAGUGAUUACCUUCGAUGACAAUGUCAAAUGGCUUGCACGUUUUCGCCUCGCGAGGACCUCAUCACCACCUCGGGAAGUCCGUGAUUGGAUACUUCGAAGUGAAGCUGCCACCAUGACUUAUCUUCAAGAGCACACUUGCAUUCCUACGCCCAAAAUUUUUGAUUGGGCAUGCGAGUCCGAUCCAGGGAACCUACUCGGAGUUGACUAUAUCCUAAUGGAAAAGCUGGACGGACGACCCCUGAAUUGGCAGGAAGCAACUCCACAACAGAAGGAGAAGGUCUUACAGCAGUUGGCCGACAUGUUCCUUGAGAUUGAAAAGCAUCCUUUCAAAGCAAUGGGAUCACUUGUGUUCUCAGCAGAUGGUGCUAUAGAUAUCCUAGGUCUCGCACAUCAAUCGACAUUCCGGCCAGGAAAGGGUCCGAUCGGUCCAUUUUCUUCCUUUCUUGAGAGCUCUCAGGCUAUACUCGAGUCCUACCUCGAAAUGAUAGCCAGCGGUGAGAUCGACUCCUGCUGUCGGGUAGAUACCUACCUUAUCCAUCGAUUUCGCCACGAUAUUAUUAGCUCUCUCUUGGAAGACAUCCCGCCUAGCGACCAAUUCUUUCUCAAGCACCCGGACGAUAAGGGUGAUCACAUUCUGGUUAAUGACCGUUUUGAUAUUCUGGGAAUCAUAGACUGGGAAUGGACUCAAACAGUCUCCAAAGCCGAGGCGUUCUGUUCCCCAUGCAUGCUAUGGCCGGUAGCUGAGUUCUACAACGGAUCGAAUGAGCUAUCCGCCGAGGAAUUACGGCUAGCUGCCAUCCUUCGUGAAAAGGGCCGCGAAGAUCUUGCCAACUGUGUUACUAAGGGAAGAAAGGUGCAGAGAUUUUUCUUUGCGCUGGGGCCUGAGAGCUCUUUUCUAGACGUGCAGACACUUCCGCCCUUGUUCGCAGGGCUCCGGAGGGCCUUCAACUUAGAAGAAGAAGAGUGGGAGACAUGGAAGAGCAAGGCGCUCAAGAAAUGGAAAGAUGAUAGUUUAGUUCUUUGCUUGUUGGAAGUAGACUAG